AUGGACGAGAAUGAGACGGGCAUGGCAUGGCUCCAACAGGAGUACCCCUCUCCAGUGCUCGACUCGAGUCCCAAGGCCAAGGCUCUCACCCCUACCCCGGUGACACUGUGGGACUAUGCCGAGUGCCUGUCUGGCAUCCUGAUCUGCUGCGAGAACGGACUUGUUGUGGCGGCCAUUUUGUCCUCGCACCUGUUGCGCGCGCCCAUGUUCCUGCUCAUCGGCUCGCUCGCGUGGGCGGACUCUCUGGCGGGCGUAGGACUGGUUCUACGGUUCCUGUCUCGCGUGUCUCCCUACUCGGAAGUGCUGUCCAUGGCCAGCGUGUGCGUCUGCGUGUGCGCGCUGAGCGCCAGCGUGUGCUCUCUGCUGGGCAUCACCCUGGACCGUUUCUUGUCCCUGCGCUGCGCGCUGACCUACGACUCUCACACGCAUCGCACGCACACCCGCGCCGCUCUGGCCUUCGCGUGGUUCCUGGCCGUGACGCAGGGCGCCCUGCCACUGCUGGGUGUGACCUGCGCACUGGACUCGACCCUGGACUCUCUGUCCUCCGCACACCGGUUCAACCCGAGCGCCUGUAGCAUCGUGCAGCCGCUGACGCGCAUCCACCUGAGCGUGUUGUGCGGCGGCUUCCUCCUCAUCCUGGCGGUGAUGCUGCAGCUCAACGCCCACAUAUGCCAGGUCGUGCGUCGGCACGCUCGCAUGAUCGCCCUGCAGCGCCAUACGCUUCCCCACGCACACAAUCCCACGCGCUGCCGGACGCACACGCUCGCCCUCAGCUUUGCCACGUUCGCCAGCUGCUGGCUGCCCUUCACCAUCUACGGCCUCCUUGGAGACGGCUCGGCGCCGGGACGCUACACCUAUGCAACGCUGGUGCCCGUGGCGACGCACUCCCUGAUCAACCCCCUGAUCUAUGCCUACCGUAACACUCACAUCCGCAAGGUCCUGCUCAAGUCCUUCGGGUGUUCGCACACACACCUGCAGAACACACACACGCCCAGUGACGUCUGA